GAAGCGCGUCGCGGGAAACAUCCCCCCCGCAGUUCGUAGUCGAAUUUCCCGCCGAAAAUUUUUCGCAACGCUUCAAUUUGGACCGUGGUGAGGUCGCCGUAGCCUUUGCGUACAGCCGCGGUUUUAACGAUACGCGAAGGGCUUUUUGCCUUUCCUCGCACCCUCCGAGGGCUAUUCCGACCAAAACAUCUACCACGGGCGACCGUCGAGCUUUGCCGUAAACGAAGGUUCAUACGAUUUGCCACAGGCGAAAAUCAUCUCUCAUGCGAAACCUCCUCGUGCGGAAUACGACGGGAUAAGAUUGCAAUUAAAGCUUCACAACGCGAGUCCAUAUAAUUGUUACUGGGAGCGUCGGCAUGCUGUAGUUUGCAAUGAAAUCCGCCCUGCUCGAUCCUUAUGAAGUCGUCGUCGGCAGAGGUUGUUUCCGAGUACUUAACGCAAAACAUACCGCCAUAAUCGCUGCGAUAUACACGUUGAAUAUAUCCAUCCUGGUGGUGCUAAUAUCGAGCUGGAGGAUAAAUGUAAACAGCAAGAAAUUUGUAUCGCUGGAAGAUGUCUAUUAUGGUGUACAAAUCGCUUAUCUAGUGAUAAUUGGAACGCAACUCUUUAUGGUAGUUUUAAGCAUUGUCUUAUUUUUAGGAAUAUAUAAGGAAAAUUUUAACCUUGUUAUACCAUGGGUUAUUGGCUCGAUAACGUUCAUGGCGUUGGAGGCUGUCGCAAUGGUUUAUUCCAAUGUCCUCAGAGAUCACGUAAACAAGGAAUUCGACGCGCUGUGCAAAGCAGAAGUGGCGUUUUUCAUCUCGAGGACGCUGAUUAAUAUCGUGGCGGUGAGUUACGUUAUGCGGUUCUGCAACCUGCUGCGCGCUGGGAUAAACUGGAAGGAACCGGAAAUAAUCGAGCUCUGAUUUAAAGACGGAACAUCCGUCGAACAUUUCGCGUGCAGGAUGACGACUAGGACGCCGCCACGCGGUGACGUGACGAACAAAGCCGGAAUUCUCCGAAAGUUUGGCGAGUUCGAAAAGUUUGAAAGUUAUUUGCAUUUUGCGCUCCACUUAAUACGAAUACUUUUACCGUCCGGAACGGAUGUUCGGCUUUGGCCAAUGAAUAUUGUAAUCCGGCAUUAAGAAUUUCGGAUAUUUUAUUAUUGAUUUCGUGCGAAUUCGCGCCACAGCACUUUUCGUCGGAAUAAAUGAAACGCACGAGCGUUAUUGUGAAAUAGACAUUCGUAUCUCCGUCCUUGUUACUUUAGCACAUGAUGUGGUUGCCAACGGUACUAUAUUAUAUAAUAUAUAAAGUAUUGCACAGUGUGAGUCAAUGGUAGAGUACAAUUAUCUCAUUGUCUUCAAAAGUUAGCACCUCAUUUUUAAAUUUUG